AUGCCCUCUCCUCCACCAAACCACCUGGUCGUCGUCUGCGGGCAUGCCAUCUGGACCGACGGCCCGGCGAACGGCUGGGACGAGCGCGAGUGGCUGAUCGAGAGCUACAAGCGCGGCGAGACCCCCACCUUUAUCGAACACAUCCGCGCCGGCGUGCGCGUGCUGGCCGGCGACGAGCGCGCUGUUUUGGUGUUUUCUGGCGGCCCGACGCGCAGCGAGACACAGCUGUCCGAGGCCCGGAGUUACUACAACCUGGCGGCGGCGAACGGCUUCUUCGAGCUCCUCCCCCUUGCUAGUACCAGCAGGAUCCUGCUCGAGGAGCGCGCGCUGGACUCGUACUACAACAUCCUCUUCUCCGUCGUCGAGUUCUGGCGCGCGCACGCCGCCUGGCCCGAGCGCCUCACCAUCGUCAGCCACGCCUUUAAGCGCGCGCGCCUCGUCGACGCCCACUGCGCCGCCAUAGGGUUUCUCCCGCUGGACCGUGUUGGGUUUGUCGGCAUCAACCCGCCAGGGGUGGGGGAGAGCCGCCUGCCGGAGAGCACGGGGGUGUCUGGCGAUGGCGGCGGCGCACAUAUCUCGCGGGAAAAGGCCGAGGCUAUGCAGGGCGUCCAGCUGGUGGUGGGCCAGUGGGCUGACGACCCCCACGGCGUGGGAGAGGCGCUCGCGGGGAAGAGGCGCGCGCGGAACUGCUGGGCCGUGGACCAGCGGCUUUUCUUCAGCGAGGAGGAGCGGGUACGCAGUGGUGUUGGCACUCGGGUGCUGGGCGAUGGGAGCGAGGCACUGGGAGAUAACGGAGUGACGCCUUGGGGGACGAUGGGGGAUGAUAUAGAGGCUAGGUAG